AUGCAUAGAAAUAGUGAAGCAACUGUUGCCAAUAUAGGGUGUGGUGGAGCAUCAACAACAUCAUCUUCAUUGAUGAUGCCGCCGCUCUGCCGAUUCGAUAUCCGAGAAUAUGACAGUGUGUUGGACGAGCGUGCCGAAUCCAAGAUCCCACGUCUCCAAUUUUCAUACAAUAGUGAUGGACCUGUCGAUUCGUCCCAACCUGUCCAAGCACUCCAAGAUGAUGGUCAUAUGCGACAAGGAGAAAAAGCGCGAGGACGAGGUCGUAGGCGGCUACGGCUGCAACAUCAAGCAAAUGUUGGUCAACAAAUGCGUCCAGUCUGUAUCGACUACCUCUUUGUCGGCUACGACGUUAAAGAUCCAUUGGCCGAAGUAUACAAGUUAAAAAAAGGUAUCAAAAACCUUGAAUUCACCGCCACUGUUGGUGCCCUCUCCUCGGCCGACAAGGAGAUGGCUGUCCGCUCAGCUUCCAGCAGCAGUAGUGCCACAACCGACUCUUCUUCUUCUGAAUCAAUCAUGUGGAACGAUCCACGUGACUAUGGUAUCCUCAUGUUGUACUCUGACCAAGACGACUGCAAGACCAUUGUACCACCACUCUCGAUUGCCCGUUCACCAAAACUCGAGCAAGCUAUCCGUUCCCCAAGAACCCUUUCUCCACACCAAUCUCCCAAGGUCAAAUCGGUGUCUCCACGUCUCAACCUCAACAUCAACCUUUCAUCAUCCACCUCGCCAGGUCUCUCGCCAAGAAAUCUCUUACCAGGUCCCAGCACCCAUCAUAUCAGUGCUCUCGCUCUCAAUGCUCUAUCUCCAAGAGGUUUAGCUACCGUUCAUAAUCAAGCUCUUUCUCCAAGAACUGCUUUAACCGCUGUUUAUUAA